ACUCAUGACGGCAGGAGAGAAGGCUACCCAAUCUACAUUAUCAUCAGUACUCGCCUUUGAGGCGUAGUCAUUAUUCACUAUGGCGUCCAUGCAUCGUCUUGUCGCUGUCCUCGCCAUAAGCGCGGCUGUGCUAUGCCCCUCCACCUUGGCUUCGCUACUAGGGCAAACCGAACAGCAUGUCUUCUCCACCCCGGACGUAGAGAGCUCAGCGUCUUCGAGAUACCCCUGGACGAGCCUCUCACAUGCUGGCUUGUCGAUCAAUUCGCCGCCUGGCGAUCGGUACUACGGCCCACGUUACCUUACGCUCACCACUCUUUCGCAAGCCGAGUUGGACCCUUCGACGGCCCUUUUGCACUUCGGCCAGGUCCAUACAAGGGGCUGGAAUGAGGUGAUGAAGCAUUGUGGACAACCAGGCGGUAUCGAGAGCUGCGAAAAGGCUGAUCUGCUCGCAGCGACCAAAGGCCUGCGCAAAAGUCGAGCCUGCAAGCCGGUCAAGGCGGCCGUGGAUGGCAGGGCGGUCUUUGACCCCGAGGCUUCUGGUUGCGAGCCGCUCCGAGAGCUCUGGAAGCACACCGCUAUCCAACAGAGCCUACAGAAGGAAGAUGAGUUGCUGAGCUUCACUGCACACCUCGAGAUCAAGCAUCUUCCAAGUUCGCUUCGCAACGGUACCCACGUGGAUACCUUUUGGCUGGCUCACUUUCUCACUGGUCAGAGAGCAGCUUGGCCACUGAGCAACGACCUCUGGUUCAAGAAAGAGAAACGUUUCGAUGUGAAUGUAGAAAGGGAUGAGGGAGAAGAUGAGAGAUGGCAAAAUGGUACAUCAUCGAACAAGGUCGCAGGGCUGAUGCAGGAUCCCUACCUACCUCGGGCCACAAAUCCGAAGAAUGGCGAUGCAAUGAACGGGGUGGACACGACGGAAGCGAGAUGGAACCUUGGCAUCUCCCUUCGACUACCUCCACCUCCUCCCUCCAAUGGGUCACGUUCAUUCCUUCUCCCCGUUCAUGCUCCGGUCGGGGGCCAAGUGAUAUCGUCGUCCCUCUAUCGGCGCCGGAAUGCUCCUUCUGGCGCCAACGACGAGCAAGGCUGGGUAAUAUCCAUAAGAGACGAGUGGUCCUUCGUUUGGCACCUCUUUGGCAUCAGUCCCUACCAUCAGAACGUCUAUGAGGGUCAGGUCAUCCCCAAGGGCUACAUCGUCGGACAUGUCUCGUCGAAGCCUCUCGAAUCCAAGCGACCUUUGGAUCAAGAUCCUCCUGUAGAUCCGCCUGAAAAGCCACCCGGCGGUGACGGCAACCCGCUGUACCCUUACAGGUUCCGCGAGCUGCGGAUUGGUGUGGCCAGACCUGGAAGAGGCUGGAGAGAUUGGAGAGACGCAUAUGACAAUGGCUGGACAUGGUAUGAUCCGCUGAGGUUCCUGGGGGGCGAUGGCAAGGCGGAUGGCCAGCAGAGACCGCCAACCAUCUUCGACCCGCCUACAAUCUUCUUCUCGCGGCCGUCUCCUUACCCGCCCGCGCCGCCAUCUAUCUUUGCGUCUGCUUCGACCCUCACGGCUUCAGGUGAACGCUCGCCUACCCUCUCGGGCGACGUGGAGAUUAUCAUUGGUCUCAAAGCCUUUGCCAACCCUCUCCAGCUCGCGCCAGGAGAAGAGGGUCGGGCAGGUGCUACAAAGCUGGAUCCGCUUACGGUCUCAAAGGUGGAGUGGGGAGUGAGGAAAGUCAAGGCCGGUAUCAGGAGUCAACCAGAUACCGGUAGCGAUUGUGGAGGGCUGGGAGAAGAGGACUGGAGGUUGGCCUUUGACCAUGAUCGGAUACCACACAGAUGGCCGACAGCUGCCUCGGUUCUUAGCAAGGCCUCACAGUUCGACAACGUCGAUCCCACCUCAGAUCUCUGGAACUACGUCGUUCCAGCCUUCACCACAGGCAAUUACGCUUGGACGAGGAAGAAGUACGGCAGUCAGUGGGACUGGAAGGCUCGCUACCUCUUCUACCCACUCACCCGCACGAUCCUGACCACAAAUGCUCCUCUUUCCUCCUCCUCUGCUACUGGUGUCAACAUCACCUCAAUCGCCCCACAUGGAUCUUGGAACACACGAUUGGAGGCUCCCCCUGUACCUCGUAGGGGUGCGGUGCUAUCUGCGUCGCAGGAGAGUGGUCCUGGAGAGUACAUUCUCGCGGUGAGGGCUUAUGAUGCUUGGGGCGGGAGAGUGUGUGCCAAGACGAGGGUUUGGCUGCAGAAUUGAUGCGCAGGGAGGAGACGGGAAGCUUGUUCAUAGCCAUAUCCUAUCAGAUCAGCAAUGCCAAGGAUUCUAAAACUUGAUUUGUGAGGAGGUUUCGCUGCUGCUGAUCAGCGGUGACGUGUCAGAGGCGGACAGUAGGAGCGUCCUGCUCCGUCGCGACUCUUGCUUCUUCCUCGUCGUAUAUACUAGAGUAUCCUCCUGGCAAGCCUCCACUACCUGUCUGUCCUCCAGUUCCACUCCAGAAGCC